CGUUCUUCUUGCCCUCGCUUUCGAUCUGCCCCACGCCGCCUUUCUUUUUCGCUCCCGCUUCUUCCUCUUUUCCCCUCGUCCCAGAGAACAAGAGGAUUCAUCUGGUUUUAGAUUUUCUUCUUUGUUCUCAUUCGAUUUGUUUAGCUGCAUGACGAGGUGAAUCGAUUGAGCUUGGGCUUUCUUGAAAGAGACAGAGAUAGAUUCGUUGAGGAAAGAGAUAAUGUAUCGGGAUCGGGGAUUCAUCGUGCCAAAAGCGGAGACUGGAGCCGUGGGUCGGAAGCGGAUCAGUGAUGCCCUCGACAAGCAUCUCGAGAAGACCUCGCCGUCGACCUCAAGGGGGUUGAACAGCAAAGCCAAGGACUGGUUACAUGUGCCGCCCACCUCCGUCGGCAAGCACCCGGAGCACCGGCAGCAUCGGUCAGCGGCCCCUUCCAAGAACAAGUGCUCCGAUGACGAGCCUGAAACUGACAGUGAAGAGUCAGAUGUUAGUGGAUCAGAUGGGGACACAUCUUGGAUAUCAUGGUUUUGUAACCUAAGAGGGAAUGAGUUCUUUUGUGAAGUUGAUGAUGAGUACAUACAAGAUGAGUUCAACCUCUGUGGGUUAAGCAGUCAAGUCCCAUACUUUGACUGUGCUCUCGAUCUAAUUCUUGAUUUGGAGUCUUCUCAUGGCGAUAUGUUUACUGAGGAACAAAAUGAGUUGGUUGAAUCAGCAGCAGAGAUGCUUUAUGGUUUGAUACAUGUUAGAUACAUAUUAACCAGUAGAGGGAUGGCUGCAAUGCUUGAUAAGUUCAAGAAUUAUGAUUUUGGCAGAUGCCCACGUGUUUACUGCUGCGGUCAGCCCUGUUUUCCUGUUGGUCAAUCAGACAUUCCUCGAUCCAGUACUGUGAAGAUCUAUUGUCCCAAAUGUGAAGAUAUAUAUUAUCCAAGAUCGAAGUACCAAGCCAAUGUUGAUGGAGCAUACUUUGGGACAACGUUCCCACACUUGUUUCUGAUGGCAUAUGGGCACCUUAAACCACAAAGGCCAUCACAGAAGUACGUACCCCGAGUAUUCGGCUACAAAGUUCACAAACCAUGACGUCUGAGUUGAGCGUAUGGUUCGCUUUGUGCCGAAAGGGGUGUAUCGAGGAACUGCUAAGAGGGUGAUUGCUCAACUUAAAGCUGGAGCAACAUCUGUAAUUGGGCUGACCGAUUUUGAUGAAGUAUAGCUACAACCACUGUGCCGCAAUUCUAAUAUUUUUUGUGGUUGACCAGAAAAGCUGUACAUUCUGGCUGCAGUUGUGUUUCACUACUACGAUGUUACCAUUUAUCAGGAGAGGCUCUUUAGUGCAAGGCGGGUCUUCGGACAUGGAUCAUAUUACUCAACUUCCCCUGAAGAUGUCACGUUUUUACUUUUGUAGAUUGCAUCCCCUAUAUUUUGUGAUUUUAUAAAUGCCUCCAUAGUUGUCUGUUGUUCGAUGCUUCCAUCCCACGCCUCUUGCUCCCAAUGUCCUGUAUAACUUUUCUUGAAGGUGUCAUGUUUUUAUUUGUUUUAAA